AGUUGCUUGAUAAAUCUUACUAACUCUCUUGAUUGUUUGUUUCAGGGUAUACAAGGAAGUGUCCUUAUUACUACGUGGACAAAAGAAGACGCGAGGGACAGUCUUGCGUGCCAACUUUUGAAUACGAUGGUUUGCGGCCUAGAUUCCGUACUCUAAUGAAACCUUGGACACUGCCAUGCAAUUUGUACGACGUGAGACAUCCAAAAUCUCUUGAAACUUACCUGGAGAAGGUUACUGGAAAAAAAGGACCCUACAAUUUGUUCACAGGGCCAAGGGAUGAAAGCACGAUCAAGGGCUAUUUUGCAACUGUGAAAUUGGAGGAUCAUGGAGACUGGCCCAGAUCGUUGCCAGCAGAAAUGGACAAAUUGUUGCAUAAAUCGUAUUAUUUUAAGGGACGUUGGACCACCUGUCCAAGAUUUCCUAAGGUAUCAGGUACCAGAGCGAUGUUGAAAGAUCUAGCGUUAUGUUACAAAGAUCCAAAGGAACCAGGACCUGGUCAUUACGACCCAAAAUCACCAAGGAAACCAAAAAACACGAAGAAUUAUCCUUUCAAUAUAAACGUUGAAUUUGUCAGGCCUGGUCCAUCUUGGGAAAUUCCUGGCCCAGGAAGGUACAAAAUCAAAGAUACGCGAACUAUAGAAGGAAACGGAUGGACAUUUCUUUUCAAAAGCAAGGCGCCACGGACAGAUUUUAUUAGAAUCCCUACCUACAAUGCUUUUUAAUUUUUCCUCCCAAUUAUUAAACAAAGGAUUACAUUCAAUUUAAAGAUAGCUCACUUCAUCUUCGUGAUUUUCUUCCGGCUGAUACGUAACUGGAAGCUUCAAGAUGGAACCAGUUUCGAUCGUCCUUCCAGGAGGCACGAAAAAUGGUCCAAAUGGAUCUAAUAAACUCACGUCUAUCUUCACGUUUCUAAUUGAAACGAAUACCAAUUUUGAAAUCAUUUUCUUAAA